AGCUCCUGCUCUCAGCUGCUGCCGUAUUUGCAGAUUUAUAAACACUGCGGCUAGGCCUACUCUAUCUACAUCAGGCCGGGAGGGAAAUCCAGAUAUUUCUUACAGUUGCUAAAAUGCGUUGCCGCCCCUGAACGUAAACUCAGUUUAUAUUUGGCUUAAAGGAGACGCAACAAAGCGCACAAAAUGGUUGUGCUCCAGGCCCGGCUGAAUAAGUAGGUUUACUACUAUAGCUUUAAGAACGCAAAAAUAGUGUCUGCUUCUUUAAAAUUAUGUCGGUUUAUUGCUGAAUAGAUAAUUAAGAAAAGUUUUCAAUUUCUAAUCAAUAAAUGCAUGCAUUUAAUUUGCGACGAACCCACCGCAGUCACAGAAAAUGUCCCACUGUUGGAUAAAGGCCGCUUGCAAUCAAAACGUCUUUUAACUAGAUGUCCGUUUUUCCUCAAAUUGCAAGUAAACCUGCUUGACUUUAAGCGGAAUUUGAGGUAGCCUGAAGUGUCUUCACGGUGAUGGAACCGGCCUGCGACCGAACAACGGGUGUAAAUAAAGGUGACGAGCCGGCGGAGGACCAGGCCGCAGAGGAGACCGCGGCCACCGGUACGACCGUUACACCGCGGAGGGGUCUCAGAGAGCGGGGAGCGGGCCGCCCGAGGUCCGGCGUCUCCGCUUCAUCAACAGACGUCAACGGAGCAGCGUCGAGCCCGCAGAGCUCUGGGAGGGUUUUAAGAGACAGGUCGACGAGGGCAGUACCGGCCUGGCUGAAGGACACCAAGAGCGACGACGAAGACGACGAACCGAGCCCGGACACCGGUGCGACCAAGCGGAGGAAGGUGUCCAACUCGAGGCGGAAGAAAAAUUCUGAAUCUGCGGGUUUGGCUGACGCUGGAGGGGGGGUCGCAGGUGACAGCCUUCAAGGCACAGACUCAGAGAACCCAAAGAAAACUGCCACAGAUGCUCAAGCUCUUCCCUCCAGACGCCCCCCAGCCCAGACUCGUGCCAAGCCCCCAUCUGGCAGGGCUGCCCGUGGCUCUUCCAAGCCUGUGUGUAAAACCGAACCUGGAAUGGAGAAUCCAGCUGUGAAAGGAGAGGAAAACAAUAAAGAGAAGUGUGAAAUUAAAAAGAAAGAGGACAACAUAAAGGAUGUUGCUGAACCAGUCGUGGAUGAUGACGACGUUCCAUUUCACGAUGACCCAAACAACCUCGGCUACCAGCCACAGAGUCAGAGUGGUGCGGAGGAGGAGGAGGGCCUCAGCAGUGAUGAAGAUGUUCCUUUUAGAGAUGACCUAAAUGACCAGAGCUACAACCCGAAGGCGGAAAGGGAUGUCCCUAAACCAAAGCGCAGAGCUGCUCCAAGACAGAAGGAGAAGAAAGAGAAAGAGAGGGUACCUAAAAAAGAGAAAGAGGUUGCUGAGAUAAAGAUAGAAGGUUUGGACAACUUGGAGAGUGUGGAAGAGGAAGUAAAGCUAGAAGAAGAAAUAGUGGAGGACCCAGAUGGACCCAGGAAGAGAGGCCGGCGGAAAAAAGAUGAUAAAACCCCUCGGCUGCCAAAGAGAAGGAAGAAGCCCCCGGUGCAGUAUGUGCGCUGUGAAAUGGAAGGCUGUGGGACAGUCCUGGCUCAUCCUCGCUACCUACAGCACCAUAUAAAGUACCAACACUUACUCAAGAAGAAGUACGUAUGUCCUCAUCCGUCUUGUGGAAGACUUUUCCGACUACAGAAGCAGCUGCUGCGUCAUGCAAAGCACCACACAGACCAGAGGGACUACAUCUGUGAGUUCUGUGCUCGUGCCUUCAAGAGCUCCCACAACCUCGCUGUACACCGCAUGAUUCACACGGGAGAGAAGCCCCUACAGUGUGAAAUCUGCGGCUUCACAUGUCGCCAGAAGGCGUCUCUCAACUGGCACAUGAAGAAGCACGAUGCUGAUGCCACCUAUCAGUUCUCCUGCUCCAUUUGUGGCAAGAAGUUUGAGAAGAAGGACUGUGUGGUGGCCCAUAAGGCCAAGAGUCACCCUGAGGUGCUUAUUGCUGAGGCGCUGGCAGCCAACGCCGGCGCCCUCAUCACAACUCCCGCCUCCCUGCUGGAGCUGCCAAGAAACCCCAUGCAAGCAGAGGUCACCAGCCUGGAUGUGAGCCAAGUAGGGCAGGAUAGGCAGAUGGACCAGCUGAGCCAGGAAGGGCAAGUUGGGCAGCAAGUGGUUCAGGUGUCCCAGAUGGGUCACAUGACCCAACAAGUGAGUCACCAGGUGGUGUUACUGGGACAAGACCAGAGCCUCCAUACCAUGCAGGUGCCAGUGACGAUUGCCCUAUCGCCCAUUGACCCCCCUUCACCGGCUGACAACCAGCAUCAGACUCACCUCCAGCUCCAGAUGCCCGUCCAGUUUGUGCAGGCCGCUCAGCAGCCACAGCAGCCCCAAAUCCAGCAACUCACCCUCCAUUCCAGCUCAGUGGUGACCCAGCAUCAACCCCAGCCCCUUCAGUCAUAUACCUCUCAGCAGCAGAGCCAGGGGCAGACACAAAUUCUUCAAAUGACCUUCCAGCCGGUCAGCCAGUCGCAGACCCACAAUCAGCAGAUCCCCAUUCUAGCCACUUCUCAGCAGCUCCAGACCCUGCAGACAGCCGGCCCAAGCCCUCCCCUCCUGUCCGCACCUCAUCCCCAGUCCCAGGAUACAGCCUCCACCAACGGGGGCAGCUUUAUUGUGGACAAUGCGGUGCUCUCGUCUUCCUCUCCUUCAGUCAGCUCUCUUCAGCAGGCAGAAGCUGUAGGGGCAGAUGGUGUAGUCUGGGAGCAGACAGGACACGGGGACGUUCUGUCAGACAGCAGUGGGAGACAUGUGCAGCAGGCCCUCAUGUAGAACAAGGAGAGUGCACACUAAACCGAUUAUGUGAGCAGUGACCUGAUAUACUGUAUAACAAUAUUUGAGGUAAAUGUAGGAUCACCAAUAUAUUACGUACUGUUCACUCAUAGUCAUAUUUGGUAGCUUUUUAGAAUAUCUGUAUCAGGGAAACCAUGUAUGUGUCUGUAUGUGUAAGUUGUUGCCUUUGUACAUAAGUCAUGUAAACUUAACUAGCCUUUUAUGUGAGAGUGUGUGUGUGUGUGUGUGUAUAUGAUGCUGAGGUUAUGUUGCAAUGCUGUUGCGAUUAUGCAAUAAUAUAGCAUACCUCUUUGUAAAAUACAGCACAUCAAAUGCCUAUUGGUGUGGCAUCAGUGUUCCUACUGGAACAAAUUAACUCUAUUUAUAUUGUGGAUUAACACAAAGCCACAUUAGAAAGCUAUAAACAGCCUCCAAAAUAAGUGUGGAGUGAGUAAAUUCUGUUUAAAUAAACAGGCAGCUAUUUUUUCAUUUAUUGUCCAGAUCUACUGUAAAGUCUUUAUUAGGUAGGGUUAAAAGAAAAACUUAACAGAAAAAGAUCUAAGCUCUUAAAGAGACACAUUUCAAAACAUGGAAAGCAUGGACAAAGAAGAUGUUUCACAGGCCUGUAAGAAGUCACAAAAUAUGCACGUUUUAGUGAUGUUGGCAGUGUCAUUAUUCGUUUCAAUGACAUCUGUGCAGAUGUUUGUUUAGCCUGGCUGGUGGUAGACUUGGAAAGGAAUAAUAACCCUUAUAAUGUAUGUACUACUCACUGAAGUCCUCGGUCAUUAUAGUCAGCCAAAUAGUGACAUUUGACAUUGCACCCAUAACGUAACGGCAAGCACAGUCCCUGAAUAAGACAAACUCAAAGUGUGUCAAUAACUUUUGAAGUGUAAUGUAAUUUAAUAAGCAAAGGUAUGUAGAAACCUUGGAGCAUAUGUCAAUACUAAAUCUGCACCUCUCUGAUUUGUGAUUUAGGAUGUGUGGUAGAGCAAACACAAAAACUGUUCAUUUCUAUGAUGUAAAUAAAUGUCUCAACAUUUA